CUAUAACCAGGGGUGUCUAGUGAGACAACAGUCUUACCAGAGCUGUCUAGGGAGACAACAGUCGAACAAAAGUGUCUAGGGAGACAACAGUCUAACCAUUGGUGUCUAAAGAGUCAUUGGUCUAACCACAGGUGUCGAUCGAUGAGCAUACUAAGCUGCAUAGCUAUAACAGACACCUCAUGACUCGUUAUCGUAAAGGGAGAUGUUGUGAUUAUCCCACACAGUGAGCGUAAACAGAAGAGGAUUCUGAAAAUUACCUGAAUAUUGGCAGAGAUCAUGGCUGAUGACGACACGAGUGAACUAAGGGAUUCCCCCACAUACGGUUAUACAGAGAACCCCGAUGCAGAAGCUUUCGAAAAUGCUCGUGACACAUUUAACUUGUUGGAUGAUGACAAUGAUGGAAAACUCACACGUGACCAGUUCAUAAUGUUUAUCCAGGGAAUCGGCUUCAAUCCCGACGAUAAGGCUGAGGAGGUCAUCCUCAAAGACGCCGACCCAGAUGACAAUAACUCUAUCGCCUGGGCAGAUUUCGAAACUGCUUUAACUCAUCGCCUUCCUCAGGUACGAAUGGAAGAAGAGAAAUUACGCGAGGCUUUCCGAGUGUACGACCACGACCGUGACGGAACCGUUACAGUUGACCAGUUACAGACCAUCGUCAAGGCCGACUCCAGAAUCAAGCAAGAUGUCAUCGAGAAACUGCGUCAAUCGGACCGAGACGGCAAAAUAGAAAUAAACGAUUUAGUAAACAUGCUUUUGGCGUGAAGAUGUUGGCAGAAACCGGGGUUAACACGCGGUAUAAUAUUGUAUAUAGUGGCCUCGCUUGAUAUGUUACAGACACCAUUAUAUUAUUAACAUGCUCAGCAAAUUAAAAUAAUAUUUCGAACAA